AUGCAGGUAAGAAGAAGGGCAAGCAGUGCUGGCUCGAUUAGACGGAGCUCCAUCUCAGCCAGAGACAUCGAAGCAAUACAAAAAGCCAUUCAGAAACAAAGAGAUCUAUCAAAUCAAGUGGUGUCUGCGCUCAUCGUGAUAUUGCCGAUAUUUUCCAUAUUCUAUGCCCAUUUAAUAUAUUUGAAAGCUGGAUCGAUGGCGCAGACAAUAUCCGGGUUUUUAAAACCACCGUAUUUGCUAUCGCUAAUUCCACCACUAUGCGAUGUAGUUGCCUGGAAAUGUAUAGCAGUACUCACAUCUAUUCAACUCUUAUUUUACUGGUUUUUACCACACGAUUCCGCGCUAGUACUAUCAACAUCGAUUGGAGACCACAACAAAUCGAUAAAUGGCUUUUCCUCAUUCCUACUCAUCCUCCUUCUAUACCCAUUAGGAGCUGCAUUGAAAUUUUACAGACCUGAUGUGAUUUUCCUGCAUUUCCAUUCGAUUCUCGGCUGCCUUGCGAUAUUAUGCGUUUGUUUAAUGCUAAUUUUAUACCUCAGCUAUCGAUUUGGCGAGAAUAACACAAUCGAUUCGCUUGCCGAAUUUUAUUUCGGGGUGGAGACGUAUCCAACAUGGGCCGAGAUAGACGUCAAGCAUUUUGUUCGAACUCGGAUUACUCUGACUCUCUGGGCCCUCCACUCUAUCACCGCUCUUUUCCAUCAGAGGCAUUUGAAGGGGAGCAUUGAUGGUUCUUCGUUGGCUCUGUGCCUGCUACAAAUUUUCUACAUUUUAAAAAGUAUGUGGAACGAAGAUUUGAUGCUGAAUUCACUCGAUUCUCGACGAGCCAAGUGUGGAUUUUAUCGAUUGUGGGGUGAUUUGGUAUUUUUCCCGGCCAUCUAUUGCGCGCCAAUGACAACGAUAAUUCUUACAAAGACUCGAUUGAGUCUCUUGGCUUAUCUGGGGCUUGGGAUGUUUGGACUGGUCAUGGUGCCAUUGAUUUCAUUUGUUGAUCGGCAGAGAUAUGAAUUUCGAAUUAGAAAAGGUAUGAUGAAAAUUUCCGGAAACGAUCCAUUCUUUAUCCAAGCCAAAUACAAAACGGAAACUGGAGACCCGGCGUAUAAUUUGCUUCUAGGCAGCGGUUACUGGGGCUACUGCCGACACCCAAAUUACGUCUGUGAGAUCCUGAUAUUCGCUUGUUUCUGCGGAUUCCAAGGGGCUAAGGCAGCCCACUACUAUUUCCCGCUAAUAUUCCUCGUUUUCUAUUUGAUCCUGCGAACUUUGAAUGACGAAAAUAGAUGUCUAGCGAAAUACGGCUCAAGCUGGCUUCAAUACUGUCAACGCGUCCCGUUCCGGUUUAUUCCUGGUGUAUUU